AUGAAUCCUCGUCACAACGAGACCGCUCCUUCAAACACAAGUUCCGUCAACUCCACUCGACUCCCGAGUCCUCCUAGCAACGGUGGAGGCGAGAGUGGCAUAAGAGGCCGUCCUAGCCGGAGAUCAUUGCCACCCCUUCUACCGUAUCCUCAGAUCCCACUGAACCGUCCGCCAAUGGGGUUUCCCACGUAUCAUCCCUUCUCCUUCGGCCCACAGCCGCCCAUGAGCCCCGCCCCGUUGUGGAGGUUACCAUAUUAUCCGCCAGCGCCGGUGGCUAACUACAACGCGCCACCGCCACAUCCGCUUCCGUACACGAGGCCUACCACCUCGGUUGGCUACCGUGGUGGUAUCCAGCCGAGGAAUGCGCACAGAAGAAGAAACAGUCAUAACUUUUCUGGUUCGAGUUCACUGGUGAGGCCUCAGAGUGCUGAGCCAAUGAUUGGGAUCUUUUCUCCAACAACCAUCUACCCGAUAGAGAUGCCCGUUGGCGUGAUGCCAAACGAAAGGCCUGCAGGAGAAAACGAAUCUCGUGGGGAAGCAGACGGUGUCAUGAACGUGUUUCUCACUAACUAUAUGGAUCAGGACAAGAUUUUUUAUGUUUAUAGUGCGGAUGACUUGGAGAUAAUCUUUGGAGAUUCGGAGAAUGUGAAAAGCAGUGGCAGUGAGAUGAUUAGUAAUCUCAAUGGUGACGAAUCACCAAAUCUGCCUCCUUCCCUAGGGAAUCAUCAUGGUGUAAUUGAUGGAAACGAGAAUGCUCUAUCUGAUCCUAAGUAUGCCAAGAGAAUCUUGCCAAACCGGGAACCAUCUGAACAAUCUAAUCCUAAGAAGGUGCGUCGCGUUCAAGAGCUGGAAGACGAGAACAAGCAACUGCGGAUUGGUGCAAACGGAUUGCAGGAGCAGUUGUCAUGUCGUAAUGCCUUGAAUGAACAACUGACUGUAGAAGACCUUCGACUGAAGCUGGCAUCAGACGAGGUUAUAUUAGACAGCAGCGGAUACGACAUGUCAAACUGGGAGACACUGGAUGCAAACAUGUUCCAGACAUUCAACCCCAGCCAGUUAGAUCAGUAG